GGGGGGAGGGGUAAAUCAAGAAAAUGCUAAUUUUUUUCGCAAACUCAAAGUGAAAAUUUUUUUGAUAAUAGUCCAUCAUUUUGUUCCAACAUCAACUUCCAUAAGUUUCAUCUGGAUCCCAUACUCGAAAGUCGAGAUUAAGCAUACUGAAAAAUCCUGGUUGCGCCACCGUCUAUAUUAUUCUUUUUAGUUUCAGUCAAUCAUCCGAAAUAUCGUAAGUUUUGUUACAACAUUUGUUUAAAUGAAAAUUAAUUUUAUUUGCAUGUUUUAGGUCACUGUUCUUAGCAGGAGGUAAGUGAUAUUAAAAUAUUUUUUUAUCGCAUUAGAAAAAUAUUUUAUUUAAUCUAUUUAUUUUCGAAUCAAUCAAUAUGUAGCUGGUAUGUUUUGUUAAAAUAUCUGUUUAUAUGAAAACUAUUUGUUUUUUAUGUGUUAGGUCAAUUUUGUUAGUAGAAAGUUAUUAAUACUGAACUAUUUCCUACAACCAUAGAUACAUAUUCUUUUUCAUUAUUUUUAGUUUUCAAACGAAUCAAUAUGAACAUGGUAACUGUUCUUCCAAUAUCUGCCCCAAUGAAAAGUAAUUUUUUUUCUGUUUUAGAUCACUGUUCUGAGAGGAAAGUAAGUCAUAUUGAAUUAUUUCUGUGAGCGUAUAUUAAUAUCUUUCUAUUCUUUUUAAUUUCAGUCAAUCGUCAUAAACAUUGUAAAUUGUGUUACAAUAUUUGUUUAAAUGAAAAUGAAUUUUUUUAAUGUUUAAGAUGAAUGUUCUUCGUUGAAAGUAACUGAUGUUGAACUUUUUCUUAUAAGUAUGCAUAAAUAUUUUUUUUUAUUGUUUUUAGUUUCAAGUCAAACAGUAUAAACAGCAUAAGUGGUAUUCCAAUAUCUGCUUGAAUUAAAACUCUUUGUUUUUGGAUCAAUGUUGUUUGUAGAAAGUAAGUGAUAUUUGACCGUUUCUUACGACCAUUGGGAAAUAUUCUAUUUUAUUCUUUUUAGUAUCAAAUCAACCACGAUGA